GCUCUUCCGCGUGUGUGACGGGUCUGUCUCAGCGGCUCCGUCUGCACUCACUCCCGGGAAGAGCAGCGACCAGCAGCACUCCAGCCGACAACAUGCCAUAUGAACUGAAACAUGUAUUCGCCAGUCUCCCACAGAUGGAGAGGGGAGUUGCAAAGGUGAUUGGUGGCGAUCCCAAAGGAAACAACUUCCUCUACACCAAUGGGAAGUGCGUCAUCAUCAGGAACAUUGACAAUCCAGCCAUUGCAGACAUUUACACCGAACAUGCUCAUCCGGUUACUGUGGCCAAGUAUGCUCCCAGCGGCUUCUACAUUGCAUCUGGAGAUGCAUCAGGAAAGAUCCGUAUCUGGGACACCACCCAGAAGGAGCACAUGCUGAAGUACGAGUACACCCCUCUUUCAGGAAAGGUCAAGGAUAUUGCGUGGACAGAGGACAGCAAGAGGAUGGCUGUUGUUGGGGAUGGACGUGAAAAGUUUGGUGCAGUGUUCCUGUGGGACUCUGGCUCAUCAGUGGGAGAGGUUUCUGGGCAUGCAAAAUUAAUCAACAGUGUCGACAUAAGACAGAAACGCCCUUACCGCCUGGCCACUGGCAGCGACGACACCUGCGGUUCCUUCUUUGAGGGACCCCCCUUCAAGUUCAAAUUCACUUUACGGGACCACAGCCAGUUUGUCAACUGCGUUCGGUUUUCUCCAGAUGGAGGUCGAUUUGUCACCGCUGGCGCUGACGGCCAGAUAUUUCUCUAUGAUGGAGCAACUGGUGAACGUGUCGGAACACUCGGUGAUGAAAAGGCCCACAAAGGAGGAAUAUAUGCUGUCAGCUGGAGCCCUGACAGUUCCCAGCUGAUCUCAGCUUCAGGGGACAAAACGGUGAAGCUUUGGGAUGUUGGCGCCGGUACGGCUGUCACCACCUUCAACAUGGGCUCCGAUGUGACGGACCAGCAGCUGGGCUGCCUGUGGCAGAAAGACCACCUUCUCAGCAUCUCUCUGUCAGGAUACAUCAACUACCUGGACAAGAACAGCCCUGACCGACCCAUACGGACAGUCAAGGGUCACAGCAAAUCCAUCCAGUGCCUGACGGUUCACAAAAGUGAAGGCCGAUCAUACAUCUACUCGGGGAGUCAUGAUGGACACAUCAAUUACUGGGAUGGAGAAACUGGAGAGAAUGACUGCUUCUCAGGAAAAGGGCACAGCAACCAGGUGAGCAAGAUGGCAACUGACGACAAAGACGAGCUGGUGACGUGCAGCAUGGAUGAUACACUGCGCUACACCAACAUCAACAAGAAGGAGUACAGUGCUUCUGAUGUGGUGAAGAUGGAUUUCCAGCCCAAAAGUGUGUCGGCAGCAGUAGGAGGGCUGUCACUGGCUGUGUGCAUUGGACAGGUUGUGUUGCUGAAGGACAAGAAGAAAGUCUUCACGCUGGCAGACCUCGGUUACGAACCAGAGAUUGGAGCUAUCCAUCCCGGUGGAACCACAGCGGCUGUUGGGGGAGCGGAUGGGAAGGUCCGCCUGUACUCUGUUCAAGGCAACACUCUUAAGGACGACGACAAAACGCUUGAGGCCAAAGGUUGCAUCACAGAUAUGGCCUACUCUAAUGACGGAGCUUAUCUCGCUGUCGUUGAUGAGAAGAAAGUUACCACGGCCUUCAACGUGGCAGAUGGAUACUCGGUCAAAAAUGAGUUUUAUGGACAUCAUGCUAAACCAGUGUGUUUGGCCUGGUCACCUGAUAACGAGCACUUUGCGACUGGUGGCAUGGACAUGAUGGUGUACGUGUGGACGAUCGGAGAUCCUGACCAGAGAAUCAAAAUACCAGAUUCUCACCGCUUGCACCAUGUCAGCGGCCUGGCCUGGAUAGACGAGCACACUUUAGUCACCACCUCCCACGAUGCCAGCGUCAAGCUGUGGACGAUUACAUACUGAGCUGCAAGCAAACCUCCUCAUCUCCUGGGACAAGGACUACUGUAGACUUCAAGCCUUUCUUUCUGUCUUUUCUUUUUUUCCUUCUCCACUUUUUUUACAAUUGUGCUUACUGAGCGUUGAAUGGUGUCGUGAUGCUCCCUGUUAACAUCUUAAUUGUAAAGGGUACUAUUUGAAAACUGCUUCCUUAAGUGUCUGUCUCUUUAAUGCAGUCGACCUGAACGUGGGCCGAGAGGAAAUGUUGAAGUUUAAAAUGUAAUUGAUGCUCAUCAUUCCACAUAUGACUGAGUUUAAACUGAAACCCUGAUCCGUGGUUGCCGUCAAUGCAUCUUCGCUUAAAGGAUGAACCAACAGCUUCUUUCUUUUUUUGUUUAAUUAAGCAAAAUCGUGUUUAAAAUUCAACCUUUUGGUUACAUUCCUAUAAAUGAGCAGUAACUAGUCCCAACUGCAGUCAUGUGUCACUUUUUUUUCUGCUUGUGAUUCACAACUUUUCUUGGUGGACUGGGGGGCAAUAAUAGGAAGUGAAAGAGAACCGAUACAAUCACAAUGCUGUCUGGUUUGAGGUCCUGUGAUGUUGCUGUGUGUUGGCUCAUCAUAUUUUUUUCUUUUCUUUUGUAUAUGUCUUUAUGCAUCUACUUCCAAAGUGGAAGUAGUUCAUUAAUAAAAUAACUUUUUAAGCACUCA